AUGCCUCGCAAGUUCAUCGUCGGCGGAAACUUCAAGUUGAACGGCUCUCAGUCGUCCUUGAAGACCUUGGUCGAGGGCCUCAACCAGGGAAACCUUGACUCCAACGUCGAGAUCGUUGUGUCCCCUCCCUUCGUCUACUUGGACCAGGUCCGCAAGGCCGUCCGCAAGGAUGUCGCUGUUGCCGGUCAGAACUGCUACUCCAAGUCCUCCGGCGCUUUCACCGGAGAGGUCGCCCCCGAGAUGCUCAAGGAUAUCGGUAUCGAGUGGGUCAUUCUCGGCCACUCUGAGCGUCGUGAGAUCUUCAAGGAGGCCGACGACGAGAUCGGACUCAAGGUUGCCCACGCCUUGAAGGCCGGCCUCAAGGUCAUGGCCUGCAUUGGUGAGAAGCUGGAGGAGCGCGAGGCCGACAAGACCACUGAGGUUGUCGUCCGUCAGUUGGCCGCCAUUGCCAAGCACGUGUCAGACUGGACCAACGUUGUCAUUGCCUAUGAGCCCGUCUGGGCCAUCGGUACCGGCAAGGUUGCUACCCCUGACCAGGCCCAGGAGGUUCACAAGAACAUCCGCGCCUGGUUGAAGGAGAAUGUCUCUGCUGAGGUUGCCGAGGCCACCCGUAUCAUGUACGGUGGUUCCGUCAACGGUGGCAACGCCGCCACCCUCGCCAAGGAGGAGGACAUCGAUGGUUUCUUGGUCGGUGGUGCUUCCCUCAAGCCUGAGUUCGUCACCAUCUGCAACGCCAAGGCCAAGAUGUAA